AUAUACAUAUCAAAACCACGGCAAAACCUUAUUCAAAGGGCAAAGGGCAAAACUGGGCAAAACAGACAUAAGAGAUUAAAUAAAAUAUGAAAAGUAAACAGAUCAAAUUGUUUUAAUGGCAAAAUGCAAUGUAUUCACAUAAGUAGAAAACAAGCAGUUCUUCUUUUACUUACGUUUCUCGUCAACAAUAUAAACACAGUAAAUAAUGAGAUACCUUCAUCAAACGAAGAACAUAAUACAACUGAUGCAAGCAGACCUAAAAAUACAAACCAAGCAGUAAAUUUUGUACUAACUUGUCCUCCAGAUUUAGAAUGCAGGCAUCUUCCAAUACAAUGUUUAGAUUGCAAAUUAAGAGAAAACUGUACAUAUGGGGAAGACAACAUAGCUGAAUGCAAUACCAAGUCUCAAGUAAAAUGUAGAGGAGAACAAAUCUUCAAAAAGAAAUAUUUAUGUAGAUAUUGCUACCAAACAGAACAUUGGGAACAUACUUGUGAAAUGAAAGCCACUUGUGAGUCUGUUGCAUCUCCUAGGGAUAUUUACAUAACAAAUUGUACUGUUUCUGAAGAUAUACUCUGCUUAGGGCACCGUACUUUUAACAAAAAAGUAAAAUGUAACUGGACUGGUGGUUAUAGAUGGUCAACAGCCUUGGCUCUUAGUAUAACUCUAGGGGGUUUUGGAGCAGACAGAUUUUAUUUGGGUCAUUGGCAGGAGGGUAUAGGUAAAUUAUUCAGUUUUGGAGGACUGGGAGUUUGGACUAUCAUAGAUGUUAUUUUAAUUUCUUUGCAUUAUUUAGGUCCAGCUGAUGGUUCACUUUAUUUAUAACUUUCUUAUGAAAGCUUAAUAUUUUAAUGUUAAUCUUUUUAGUUAUUUUUUUUCUUAGUCAAGAGUUAUAUAGUGUCUUCUAACUUAAAACUUUAUUUAUUCUUUUUCAGUUUAAUUUUUACUUUUUAUAAUACGCUGUUACAUAUAGGCCUGAAGGAUGACAAAAUUAUUCAUGUUUUCAAUAUAAAAACUGCAUUAAUACAAAUACAAACCAUUUAUUGUUUUAACAUUUUAAAUAGAUGUACAUAUAUAAUUAAAAAUCAAAUCACAUACAUUCCAUAUGAAAAUAGUUAAAAAAUUGAUGUGACUAUGUAAAAUUGUAUAAUACCAUACUUAGGUGCAAUUACAGUAAAUAACAUUGAAGUAGAUAUCAGAUAUUCUUAAAAAACAAAGUACAAUAAAAGAUAAAUUGAUAAAAUAAUUCGAAUUUGUAUUAUUUUAUCAAUAUAUAAAACGUUUAUCCCUAAUAUACUUCUGGUUGAAAUUUAUGAGAAAGUUAUUUUUGAGCAAAUAAAGGAAUGAAUAUGUUUACAAAUAUUUAAUAGGAACUAAUUAU